CCGUCAACGCGCCGUGACGACUCGACCCUUCUUGUUGAUGGGUAGGUAAAUAGCGUAGCGAAAUCUAUCCCUCCAUCUCGAGAUCGAAGCCCUCGUCCCUCCCUUCUCACCCCUCCUGUGAUCCGGCGGUUGCGCCGCGGCGGUCGGCGAAGAUGUCGCAUAGCGACACGAUCCCCCUUCACCCCUCCUCCCAGUCCGACAUCGACGAGAUCGAGAACCUCAUCAAUGCUGACGUCCACUCCGUCACCGUACUCCCCGCUCGACCCCCCAGUCCUCCUCGCGUUUCCAUUCCCAUCUCCCAUUCGCCCUCCCCCUUGCCGCCCUACCAGAAGGUGCCUCCCUCCGCCUCCCCGCCCCCGGUCGUGCCUGCUGUACCCGCUGCCGCCGCGGCGCCGGCUGGGAGCUCUCGUAUCGGCAUAUCCUCGGAUGCGUUCGGGUCGCCGCCCGACACGCUUACGGAGCCCGUGUGGGACACGGUGAAGCGGGAUCUGGCGCGGAUCGUGAGCAACCUGAAGCUGGUGGUGUUCCCGAAUCCAUAUAGAGAGGACCCCGGGAGGGCGCUGAGGGAUUGGGAUCUCUGGGGUCCCUUCUUCUUCAUCGUGUUCCUUGGGCUUACUCUUUCCUGGUCUGCAUCGGCCAAGAAGUCCGAAGUAUUUGCUGUUGCAUUUGCAAUCCUUGCUGCUGGUGCUAUUAUCCUGACAUUGAAUGUUCUACUUCUGGGUGGACACAUCAUCUUCUUUCAAAGUCUCAGUCUUCUUGGCUAUUGCCUUUUCCCCCUGGCAAUAGGAGCUCUAAUUUGCAUGCUAGAAGGUAAUGUUAUAAUCAAGAUAGUUGUGGUCUCCAUAACAUUGGCAUGGAGCUGUUGGGCAGCUUAUCCCUUCAUGAGUGCAGCUGUUAAUCCAAGAAGAAAGGCCUUAGCCCUGUAUCCUGUAUUCCUCAUGUACAUAUCUGUUGCGUUCUUUAUUAUCGCCAUAGAUUAAGACAUCAAUAUAUCUGGUGUGUUUUGUUAAGUCUCUAUGCCAUAAAUCCGUUCUUCCGUCCAACCAGCCGGACAUACAAUUAUAGACAGACAUUUCCAAGCUAUUGCUCCUUUGUGGGCAGUGUUAUUAGCUUUAUUUGUGGUUAUUGAGACUCAGAGUCCUCUUUGAUUGAGGUGUAGAAUGGUUUAUGUUUACUCAUGUGGAAUACUUGGAUAUAUGCCACAAGUUACCUUCAGAAUGUAAAGCUAUAAUAUUUUAUUUUGCAUACUUAGCAAGAGAAGCUUAAAAUUUUUCCUUCU